AACCCUUUAUUUUCAAAACAGAACAUAUAUUAGAAAGGUAAUAUGGAACUGUUUGAAGAGAAAGAUAUUGUUCGCAUUUGCGCUCCCAUGGUGAGAUAUUCAAAACAAGCAUUUCGACAUUUAGUACGGAGAUACAGCUGCGAUCUAGCUUACACUCCGAUGAUCAUAUCUGAAUCCUUUGUCAAAUCGAAACAUGCAAGAGAUGUCGACUUCACAACUAAUCCUAAAGACAGACCUCUCGUGGUUCAGUUUGCUGCAAAUAAUGGCAAAGAUCUUGCUGACGCUACAGAGUUGAUACAGCCAUAUGCUGACGCUGUUGGAUUAAAUUGUGGAUGCCCACAAAGAUGGGCAAUGGCAGAAGGUUAUGGCGCUCAUUUAAUUAAACAUCCUGAGAUGAUCAAAGAUAUGAUUUUACAGACAAAACAAAGAGUUGGCAGCAGCUUUCCUUGUGAAAUCAAAAUAAGGAUUCACAAAGAUAUAAGGAAGACAGUGGAUAUGUGUCAACAAGCAGAACAUACGGGAGUAGCUUGGAUUACUGUACAUGGAAGAACAAUCACACAGAGGAAGGAAGCUGUAGAUUAUGAAGCACUGAGGAUUAUCAAAGAUAGUGUCCAGAUACCUGUUGUUGCUAAUGGCGACAUCAAGAAUGAAAUGGAUGUUGUAAAGGUAAAAGAGUUAACAAAUGUUGAUGGUGUCAUGGCGGCGCAGGGUAUGUUAAACAAUCCUGCAAUGUAUGCUGGUUAUGAUGUAACACCUGUUCAAUGCAUUAAAGACUGGUUGGAUAUUUCGAUGAGUAUUGGAACGUCUUUUUCAACAUUUCAUCAUCAUCUUAUCUACAUGACAGAGAAGUGGCACACAAAACCAGAACGCCUCUUAUUCAAUAAUUUAUCUUCGCAUACGGCUGUUCUGGAAUUUUUGCAAGAAAACUACGACAUAACGUCGACGUGACGAUUACUAAAGUAGCCAAUAUGUUGAUGUCAGAUUCCAAUCAAUCCAUCUGUCUCCACCUGGUCAUAUAUUCAAAGAUGUGUUUAUAAUAUCUGGCAAAGUUUGCGCAUCAUACUUAAACUCUUGGGAGAACAUAUUUUUUUGUUGAAAACAACGAACAACAAUGUGUUGUAUUAACAAUAACGGUUAUAAAUUGGAUCAUUUUUUAGACAAUAAAAUUGACCAAUCAA